UUAACUGCACAAUAUUUAUUUGGCUAGUAGUCGUGGCAUCGGCAAUGGCAAUUCAAUCAAGUGUUAUAAAUCAUGAAAUAUAUGUGCACUGUAAACCAAACGAUUGGAUAAUUACAAAUGUAAUUAUUAAAUCGAUUAAUGAGAUGAAAAAGAUUGGAUUUAACAUAACUUACAACGGGGAUAAUUAUCCAGUAUACACGAUUGAAAUUAAAAUGAACAGUGUGGAUUAUAAUAACUAUAUUAUAGAAGAAUCGAAAAGUUUUGUUAAGAAUAUCGAAGAUUGCAAAAACAAAAAUCUCUCGCAAGUAGACAAGAAAGCUUGUAAAAUUGCAAAUACACUAGCAAUGCUGGAAUAA